UGACUGCAGUCAGAGUCUCCCUGCCCUGCGCUACAACCGAGCGCUGCGUCUCCCGUCAAACUCGUAGCGGAUCCGCGCUGUCAGCAGCUCACGCUAAACGCACAGUAUCUCGGCGCUGCUGUGCACAGUUGUACUGUAUCACACAGACCAUGGGCUGCUCCUCCGCCUCUCUGCUGCUGCUGCUGCUGCUGCUGUGCACCGGACGCGCCGCCGCUUUCCAGCUCACCGUGCUCCACACCAACGAUGUACACGGGCGGGUGGAGCAGACGAGCGAGGACUCGGGCAGGUGCGGCACCGACACCAGCCGCUGCUUCGCCGGCGUGGCCCGCAGGUUGACCAAGGUCAAGGAGCUGCGGGCCAGCGAUGCCAACGUGCUGUUGCUGGACGCGGGAGACCAGUACCAGGGCACUAUCUGGUUCAACUACUACAAGGGCAGCGAGGCUGCUCAUUUCAUGACCAAGCUGGGCUACGAUGCCAUGGCCUUGGGCAACCACGAGUUUGACAACGGUGUCAAUGGUCUUUUGGAGCCUUUCCUCCUCAACGUUACGUUCCCAGUGCUGAGUGCGAAUCUUAAAGAAGAUGCAGACCAAGUCCCAAGCCUCAAGGACUACUACACGGCUUCAACUGUGCUGACGAGAGGUGGUGAGAAGAUUGGCGUGGUUGGAUAUACCACCAAGGAAACCCCAACUCUCUCCAGCCCAGGGCCGCACCUAAUCUUUGAGGAUGAGAUUGUGGCCGUACAACGCGAGGUGGACAUGCUGACGCAGCAGGGGGUGAACAAGAUCAUCGCCCUGGGGCACGCGGGCUUCCAGAUCGACCAGCUGAUCGCGCAGAAAGUGCGGGGAGUGGAUGCGGUGGUGGGCGGACACAGCAACACCUUCCUUUACACAGGCAAGGCUCCUUCCAAUGAUGUACCAGUUGGCCAAUACCCAUUCAUGGUGACGUCAGACCAUGGGCAGUUGGUCCCUGUGGUCCAGGCCUACGCGUAUGGGAAGUACCUGGGACAUCUGCAGCUCACCUUCGACAACGCGGGCCUAGUGACGGAGAGCAAAGGGAACCCCAUCCUGCUAGACAGCAGCAUCCCCCAGGAGAAGAAGUUGCUGACAGAUGUGAACAGGUGGAAAGCCUCCCUGGCCAAUUUUGGGAAAGAAAUCGUUGGCCGGACGGUGGUGUACUUGGACGGGACAACGGUGGGAUGCCGGAAUCGGGAAUGCAACAUGGGGAACAUGAUCUGUGAUGCUAUGAUCCAGCAAAAUAUCAGAAAGCCAGACGAUCUGUUUUGGAGCCAUGUAGCCAUUUGUCUGACGGGCGGGGGUGGUAUCCGAGCACCGAUUGAUGAGCUGGUCAACAAUGGGACGAUCCAGGUGCAGAACCUGCUGACGGUUUUACCGUUUGGCAGCACCGUGGACCUGCUGCAGAUCCGGGGAUCCACUCUCCGAGCAACAUUCGAGCACUCGGUACGGCGCUACGGGGUGAGCACUGGCGAGUUCCUGCAGGUCUCAGGUGUCCAUGUGAAGUUUGAUGUGACGAAACCUCCAGGGAGCCGGGUGGUCAAGUUGGACGUGUUGUGUACCGAUUGCCGGAUACCUGAGUACAAACCUCUCAUCGACAGCCAGGUCUACAAAAUCGUUACCAGCUCCUACAUCGCCAAUGGAGGAGAUGGAUUCUCAAUGUUGAAAAACGAGAAGUUGAAACACGACACAGGCAGCACGGAUAUAUCGGUGGUCUCGGCUUACAUCAAGCAGAUGCAACUGGUUUACCCUGCGGUUGAAGGACGGAUCCUGUUCACGCAAAGCAGCGGCACACACCCCACCAUGAACCUACACUUCGCAUUGCCUCUCUUCUCGAUUCUCGCCGGGUUCCUGCGCUUGUAGAUCCAGGCGAGUCACGGCGGAAGAGUUCAGGGAAAUAGCAGCUUGCCUUUUUUAAUUUAAAAAAAAUCAAUGUAAAUUGGACACAAUGACAGCAACAAAUCCAAUCUUCUCUUCCAAGCCAGCAGCAGGUCAAUCCCCAGCCUGACUGGGACACAGAGACACCGGAGCUUUCUGAGAUUGCAGUGAGUUCACCAAAUUCAAUUGCAAAACCCCACGUUAUUUAUGAAGGAUACAAGGAAAUGCAGAUGCUGGUUUACAAAAGGAAUAGGGCACAAAGUGCAGCAGUAACUCAGUGGCUCCGGCAGCAUCUCUGGAGAACGUGAUAGGUGACGUUUCGGGUGGAGCCAAUGACCCAUUGUUGACCUCGGGAAAGGUAGAGUCCAUACACGAGUCUCUAGAGAUGUUGCCCAACCUGCUGGGUUAAUCCAGCACUGAAUUUGUGAAUCACCUUAGUUCUUGACCUCAGGAAGACCCGAGCACUUUACAACCACCUCCAGAGAAUUGCUGCUGCUAUAACGCGGUGGAAUGCAGCAACAAUUUGCACAGAGCUUUGGUGACAGGGCAGUGAGUUAGGUGACUGGUUUAUCUACCCUUGGAUUUAGCAGGAGGGGGGAGAAUUGGCCUCAGCGCUGGCUUGUGCAGUUUGCAAACAUCAACCUGUACUGUGGACAGGAACAUGGAUAAGGCAGCCAGGGAUAUAGGGUGAUUUCACCAAAUGUCAAAUGAGCGUAGAUUCCCCCCUCACGUGACCGAAAAAUUUAACUGGAGGACAUAUGUCACUUCGGUACAUGUUAGUGAAUGGGGAAACACGCACUUUCACACCCGUUAAAAACAUGGAAAAUGGCCGAUUCAAGUAAGUUAAUAAUGCCUUACUUUUGAUGAAAUUCAGCGAGCAAACGCGAUAAUUCCCAAUAUUUUGGAUCUUUAAAUCUCCACGGCAAAUGUCUGCUGUUCACUUCCGCUGUUUUUCCACCUUCAGUUCCCUCUUGUAAUUGCCUUACUUUCUAUCUUUUUUUUUGCCUGAAACUUUAGGUCGCUGUGCUUCACGGUCACCCCGACUAGCACAGAAAAUUUCAGCUCAAAAAUCGUCCGUUUUCCAUGUUUUUAAAGGGUGUGAAAGUGCAUGUUUCCCCAUUCACUAACAUGUACCGAUGUGACAUAUGUCCUCCAGUUAAAGUUUUCGGUCAUGUGAGGGGGGAUCUACGCUCAUUUGAUAUUUGGUUAAAUCACCCUAUAGGCCAAAUGCAGGCAGGUGGGAUUAGUGUAGAUGGGGCAUCGUGGACGGUGUGGGCAAGUUGCGCUGAAGGACCUGACUCUAUCAAAUUACAACAUUGAAAGUCAUGUCCACGACCUCCCGCAGCGACCAGCAUUCACGGAAGCCUUAAAUCCCCGUGGACACCACGUCAUCCUUCUCCAGGGAAUGGAGGGCACGGACGUAAUGCCUGGAUAGAGGGGCAGGCAGUCGGCAUGGGCCGGACCCUCGACUGUCCGAUGCCUGGGCCAUCUUGGCCAGCCCCAGGAGCAAACAUACAGGGAGAUUUCCCCCCUCCCAUCGACCCACCUCGCCCCGCCCCGCCCCGCCCCGGGCGACCAAUGAUCAGGAGUGUGAAGGAAGUCGACUGACAUCGAGCUGUUACUGAGAUCACAAGAAGAUUGACUUCACAAACACACAGCACGGACUCGAACAGAACAUUGGUGGUGGGAUCACAGCUGUAGCGAUCAGCAGAACCUACAGACUGCACAACUCCGAGGCACAAAGACUGUCGCCCACUGUGAUUCACAAGGAAUUCCCUUCCUUUGCAAUCAGGUCACUUUAAUCAAAGCACAAAGCUUGUGUUUUACCAAAGACACAUGUAGAUAAAUGGAAAUCACUGUUGGCACAGGAGUAAUGAUGCAGUUUUAUAUUGAAAGUGGUUGAUUUACAAUAUUUUUUAAUGGUGUCACUGGAUGUACAUACAAUAAACCUUCGUUAUUAUGCACCCCUAUAUAAUGGAUUUCAGAUAUAACGGACUAUCUUUAAGAACACAGUCUGCAAGUUGCAAUGUGAGGCUGUUGAAAUUGGCAUGGCAUUGAAAUUGGCAAGCAAUCGCUUUGAUCCGCACUUAAUUUAUUUAAACAAUGUAACAGCCUUUAAUAUCUGUCACUUGCAGUAACCAAAAAACAUUGUUAGGUGUUAAUGAAUUUGUACCUGAAAACAUUUCAUUGCUUCACAACACCCAUGUCAGCUCUGUGGGAGGAGCAAAUCCCUGACUCGGUGAUAUGGGCAAUUGGCAAUAACGGCAGCAUUCUUCCCCUCCACCCCCAUGGUCUGUUAUAGCGAAGGUUUGCUGUAUUGACACCGAUUAUGAAUAAAAGUAAUGUAAUUUUAUAUGACCUUAUAAAGUUGAUUUGAGCA